UCUCCUCCCUUCCUGAAUUCCCAAUCGCCGCCAUCCUCCUCCUUCUCGCCCCAAUCUCCACGGAGACGGCUCUAGGGCAAGGCACCGACCCCUCCUCAUCUGCAUAUGCCCAUCGUGGACGCCUCCUUCGCCUCUAUGAUAAUUCUGUGAUAUGGACUGGAAAGUCUUGCUUGUCCUGGGUAUGCAUGAAUGAUGUUCAGUUUGAAAAAGGGAUCAAUUGCUCCUGCUAGAUGGAAAUGGCCACAUAAAACUGAAUUGCCACUGACUACUAAAUUGCUGAGAGAUGUGCCACCGGAGAUAGAAUUAUCUGAUUAUAGAAAAUUACCGAGUUCAGGACCUGAUUCCCCAUCUGGGCUUCUAAAUGAUGAACGCCUAGAUUCAGAACUGAUCAUUGAUUUAGAUCUAUUCUUUGAAAGGCUAUACAGUUACUACUGCCAGAAGGGUCUUUGGUGCAUCAUCAUUAAGUGGAUAGUUGAACUUUUAUAUGUAAUUUUCAUGGUAGGAUUUAUUGCCUUUUUCUUACUUUAUGUCGAUUGGGAUGCCUUGGGCAAAGCCAAGUGUGGAGUGGAGGCAGUUGAGUUGGGAGAAAAACCUUGUGAUCUUCCUAAGGAAGUUAUUAAGCAACAUCCUUUAGUUCCCUUUACGAUUGGUAAAGCGAUUAUUAUUGGUUCCAUGGUUAUAUUGACUCUCUAUGGGCUUCUCAACUUUUUAAAAUUCUUUGUACAACUGAAAAAUAUUGUCAAAAUUCGCCACUUCUAUUAUAACAGACUCAAUGUUACAGAUCGUGAAAUUCAGACAACACCUUGGCCUACUAUUCUGGAAAAAGUUGUUCAACUACAGAAGUCUCAACAACUAUGUGUGGUAAAGGAUCUUUCUGCUCAUGAUGUGGUAAUGAGAAUAAUGCGGAAGCAGAAUUAUUUGAUUGCAAUGCUUAAUAAAGGUGUUCUAGCAUUUUCCAUUUCCUCAUGGGUUCCUGGAGCUGGUGCAACUGUCAAAUCUAGAAUCACAGGAAAGAAAAAUCAUUUGAUACUUCCGAAAAUUCUUGAAUGGUCUCUAAGUUGGUGCAUAUUCCAAAGCAUGUUUGACAGCAAAUUUUGUCUUCGGAGGGAUUUCCUAUCCAACCCUACAUCAUUGAGAAAGAGACUUGUUUAUCUUGGGAUCGGAAUGUUUCUCAUAUCACCAUGCCUUCUGAUCUUCAUGCUAGUUCACCUUUUUCUAAGACACGCUGAACAGUUUUACCAUCAUCCAAGCACAGCAUCAUCUCGUAGGUGGUCUAACUUAUCGAAAUGGAUUUUCAGAGAGUUCAAUGAGGUGGAUCAUUUGUUUAUGCAUCGAUUAAACAACAGUGUGGUAGAUGCUUCAAAUUAUUUAAAACAGUUUCCAUCCCCUCUAAUUUCCAUAUUAGCCAAAUUUGUUUCUUUCGUGUCUGGAGGCUUUGCUGCAAUUCUAAUUAUAAUUGCUUUCUUGGAUGAAUCUCUACUUGAGGGUCAAAUAUUUGGUCGCAAUUUGUUUUGGUAUGCUGCUGUUUUUGGAACUGUCACUGCCAUCAGUCGAGCUGUUAUAACAGAUGAACUUCAAGCUCGUGACCCAGAAGGUGCAAUGUCUCUUGUCGUCCAAAACACACAUUAUAUGCCCAAGAAGUGGCGUGGAAGAGAAAAUAGUGAUGCUGUUCGUGCAGAAUUUGAAACCCUGUUUCAGUACACUGGGAUGAUGCUACUGGAAGAGAUGGCAUCCAUUUUCGUUACUCCUUAUUUGCUCAUAUUUGUUGUGCCGAAGCAUGUUGAUGACAUUUUGCAAUUUAUUUCAAAUUUCACGGUGUAUGUUCAUGGAGUUGGUGAUGUAUGCAGCUUUAGUUCGUUUGACUUCCAAAACCACGGAAACAGGAAUUAUGCUUCACCUUCUAAUGCAGAGCAAGAUAAGAGUUCUCAGGGCAAAAUGGAAAAGUCAUUUUUGAGCUUCAAGAGCACCUAUCCAUAUUGGGAACCUGACAUGCAUGGCCAUCAAUUCCUGUCCAAUCUUCACAAAUUUAGGGAAAGGCAGACCCACCUUGCCUACUCCCGAGCUAUUCAGGAUAACACAUCAGAUCAUCCAUGGGACUCCAUGUUCAGAUGGAACGACAAACGUGAACUAACACAGAGAUUCCUCUCAAGGGAAGUGCAGCAAAACACCCAGGGAAUGUCUCCUCGUCACAACCUUGAUUAUUUGUUGUCAAUGAAUCCUAGUCAAAGGACUCAUCCGUAUAUCCUGGAUUGGUAUUACACAACCAUCUUGCUCAAUCCAGCUAGCAUUUCGACUGACUUCCAUCCAUCUGCCAAAGAAGAGAUAGCCAGACCAUCAGAUUCUAUGUGGUCACUGCAGAAUAAACAAUUAAGUGAAAUUGUAGAUACAGCCUGGCAAUCUCAAUUCUCAGAUAGACUCCAAAGUCAUAUGGAGGCCUCUACAUCCAGACCUUUAUUCAGGGAGGACUAUGAUCUUCGACACCCAGUUUUGGAGCCUCACAAUAUGAACCAUUGGUGGAAUCGAUCUGGCCCUCAGUUAUCCGUUCCACAGACAAGUUUUAUGGAGCCCCCAACCUUUGGUGAGCAACACCUGAAUUUCCACCAUGAUAAUGGAUCUGAAAGAAGCGAGGAGCAAGCAAAGUCUGAUGUUGCUGCCGACGAUGAGUGGGAAGCCCCUAACUCCAUGUUCAAGACAAUGUACAUCAACAACUCUGAUAACGAUGAGGCAUUCAAUCUUCAUUUUACAGAUGAAAUAGGCCAGAGUUCUAUUGUGGAGACCACUAAUCAUGAUGUUAUGCCAUCCGUGAGCAUUCCCGUGAGAAUAAUACCAAGCAGCAAUGAUCCAGUGUGGUUCAGAGGAAAAUGAUAUCUAACAUUGACGGAAGACAUGGUGGAGCUAUAUUAUACAAUUCUUGGGGGACAGAGGAAAUAUUGAGAGUUGACUGGUGUACUAGUGGUAUAGAAAUGUGAUUCUUUUGUAGAUAAUAUUAUUCGUUGGUUGGAAUACCAGAAACUCUCGACUCUGUAAGGAACCAUGUAAUCAGACUUGGAAGGUGUUUAGCAAAUUACAUUGGAUUACAAGUGCUGUAUCAAACAAUUACAUUGGUCCUGUAUGGCUUUUAGAAUGUUUCCUCCCAGGCUCUGUUGGGUAAGCAGAAAACAAUUCUGAAAUGGAAUGAUUCAUUUCAGAUUCAACUGCUUCUAAUAUUAAAAGCAUUUAUUAUGAUUCUUUA